AUGGGCUUAAAUUGUUGUCUGAUGAUAAUGGGGCCAUGGAAAUGAUAAGGAUAGCAAGAAAGUUUGGAAAUGUUAGAUUAUAUGUUGAACAUCCAACAUCUCAAGCUGAAAUUAUACAAAGUUUACCAUUAGUUGUUGAUGUAAGAAAUGAUGGGCCUGUGGCUGAUGACAAUGGGCUUGGGUCUUUUGUUGAUCAUGAGACCGAGGUAGGGGGUGGUUUUGCUGAUGAGAGUGUGCCAAAUGGUGGUGUUGUUGAUGAGUAUGGAGGUAGGGUUGAGAGUUUGCAUGAGACUGUUGUUUCUGACAAACAAACUGAAGAUAGUUAUCCUUCAGUACAUUUGGGUGAUACUGAUGAAGAAGAGCUUUCAGAUAUUGAAUUAUUUGAGGUACCUGUUAAAGGUAGAGAGAAUUCUUCAGUUGAUAGGUUUGAAGGACCUUUAGAAGUAAGACAGGCUAGUAAUAGUGGUGACUUAGAUAUAUUGAAUGAAUUUGAAAUACCUGUCCCAGAACCAGUACAUGAACAACCUAGUUGUAGCAGUAAGAAGAGAGGUAGGCCUAAGAAGACUGUUGAGGCUACUAUAGACCCUACAGAUGACGAUAUUGAUGGGUUUGGUAAUGAUGAUUCAGAUGAUGACUUGUUCAAACCUGACAACUGUGGAGUAGGAAAAAAAACCCAUUCCAUGGGUAGGGGUAUUUCUGAAGAAGAAUAUGAAUCGGAAGAAUUAGUAAGUGGCCCGGAUGACAGUAGUGAUGAAGAAUAUACUAUUGGUUCAAGUAAGUAUCCAUGUUUUAAUAUGCCUAGAAAUAUGGAAGAUUAUAAGUGGGAACUGGGCUUGUAUUUUGUGAGUAGAGAAAAGUUUAAAGAGGCAAUUACAACAUAUGCUGUUCAUUCGGGGAGAAAUUUAAAAUAUAAAAAAAAUGAUAAAAGAAGGAUAAAGGUGAUAUGCAAACAAGGAUGUCCAUGGGUAGCAUAUUGUGCCAAAGUACCUUAUGAAGAAAGUUGGCAACUAAGAAAGAUUGUUGAUAUACAUACAUGUAGUAGGGAGCACAAGAUGACUUUGUUGAGUACUAAGUGGUUAAGUGACAAACUUAAAACAACUAUGAAGGAGAAUCCAAAACUAAAAUUGAAUGAUAUCAGAGAAAGAGUGCAGAGAAAAUGGAAUGCUAGCAUCUCUAAGGCCAUGGCAUGUAGGGCUAGGAAGGUUUCAAAGAGUUAUGUUGAAGGGUCUUUCAAAGAACAAUUCAAGAGGAUUUAUGACUACAGUCAUGAGCUAAUCAGAUCUAAUCCAGGUUCAACAGUGAAGGUGAAGGUUGAUGGCAAUGAAGAUUGUGAGAAUAAUGUUGAAGGGCCUAGUAGAGUACUUCCAACCUUUCAAAGAAUGUAUAUCUGUUUUCAAGGUUGCAAAGAAAGUUUCUUAAAGUGUAGACCCAUAAUAGGGUUAGAUGGAUGUUUUCUAAAGGGUUAUUAUGGUGGCCAAAUAUUGGCAGCAGUUGGAAGAGAUCCAAAUGAGCAAAUGCUGCCAAUAUGUUUUGCAGUUGUUGAAGGCGAGACUAAAGAGUCGUGGGAGUGGUUUUUACGCCUCCUAAUUUCUGAUCUUGGAGGAUUUUCAGCUUGUGUCAAUUACACUUUCAUUUCUGAUCAACAAAAGGGGUUGCUGCCAGCAAUCAAUGAAUUGUUGCCCGGUGUAGAUCAAAGGUUUUGUGUUAGACACCUUUACAAUAAUUUUAGGAAGAAGUUUCCUGGGAAAAAAUUAAAGGAUUUGAUGUGGAAGGCAGCUACAGCCACAUAUCCUGUAGCAUGGGAAAGAGAAAUGCAUGAGAUUAAAAAAGUGGAUGUUGAAGCAUUCAAACAUUUAAUUCAAAUUCCCCCUAGGUAUUGGAGCAAGUCAAGGUUCAAGCCAAAUCCUAAAUGUGAUGUUUUGGUUAACAACAUGAGUGAGGCAUUUAACUCGGUCAUUGUUGAUGCUAGAGAAAAACCUAUUGUUACCAUGUUAGAAGACAUGCGAUUGUACUUGAUGAACAGAUGGGCUAAAAAUAGGAAAAACAUCACAUUACAUCAAGGAGAUAUUCUUCCUAAAAUAUUAAAGAAGAUUGAAAAGGAAAGUAAUUUGAGCAAAUGGUGGAUACCAAGUUGGGCUGGAGAGCAAGUUUUUGAGGUCAAAAAUGUCAACUUGAUAGGAGAUAAAUAUACUAUCAACUUGCAAGUGCAGGAAUGCAGCUGUAGAAAAUGGAUGUUGACUGGGUUGCCCUGCUGCCAUGCUAUAUCAUGUAUGAGGUAUAUGAAUUUGGAUCCAAAGGUUUUUGUGCCAGAAUAUUACAAGAGGGCAACAUAUGAAGUUGUAUAUCAAUCAAUGAUAUAUCCAGUAAAUGGUCAGCAACUCUGGACCAAGACAUGGUGCCCUAAUGUUCUUCCACCACCAUGUAAGAAAAUGCCAGGACGCCCUAAGAAAAGAAGGAAUUUGGAGCCAUGGGAACUGAAGAAGGAUGACACUGAAUUGACAAGGAGGGGAUGUAGGAGAAAGUGCAGUAGGUGCAAGAGUUUUGGCCAUAACAAAUCAACCUGUAAGGAAAACCCAAUUCACACACAUCACCCCACCCAACCAUCUGAGCCCACCCAGGUAUCUCACCCCACCCAACCAUCUGAGCCCACCCAUGUAUCUGAACCCACCCAGGUAUCUCACCCCACCCAUACAAAUGAGCCCACCCAGGUAUCUCAACCCACACAACCAUCUCAGCCCAUCGAGGUAUCUCAACCCACACAACCAUCUCAGCCCACCCAGGUAUCUCAACCCACACAAGCAUCUGAGGCGGCCCAACCCAGGGAGAAGUUGAAGCCUAGGAAAGCACGACCACACUGGAAACCAUGACAAAGUUGAAGAUUGUUGCUUGUUGGUUUUAGUGUUUAGGGUUUAAAAUUUUUUGUGUUUAGACUGUAUUGGUGACUUAUGAUGUAGCAGACUUUUGAGAUUAUGUUUUGCAUCACAAUAUUAAUUGGUCAUCAUAUGACAAUACUUAAUGUAGGAGACUAUUAUUAUUGUGAUUUACAACAUUUGGCUACUUAUAUUUCAACAAAUGAAAUACGCUAUUAUUA